GAUGCUAACCCUAAUUUUAUUUCAGGUUUUCUUGGCACUGCCUUCUCACCGGUCAAAGCAGAUAUCAGCGGUAAUGUUGUAAAGGUGCGUACCCGUUUCGAAAAGGAUAAAACAGGACAACGCUACUUGCAAGACUUGAUAGACGCUGAUUUACAAGAACAUGGUGGCAGAUUGGGUAUAGCCACUGAGGGCCUUUUGUGGCUCAAAAGAGGACUAGAAUUCAUGCUGGAAAUGCUCACACUGAUGGUGCAAGAAUAUAAAUCCUGUCCAGACAAGAGUAAGACUGAGAAUCUUGUAGGUGUAAUCAAUACAGCCUAUGAGCGGUCUCUCAAGCGACAUCACGGCUUCAUGUCAAAACAGCUUUUUAAGGUAAUGAUCUGGAUAUCUUCGUUGGUAGGAAAGGGUAUCAGUUGUGCAAGACAGAUUGGAUAA